AUGGAUAUGAAAACUUUACACUACUGGGCUCAUACCCCAUUUAUAAAGGUUUUAAUCCUUUUCUUUUUAAUUUUUAAUAAUUCGUCAAAAAUUAUAUUUUUAAUUAUUUUAAUAAUAGGAACAUUAAUUUCAAUUUCUGCUAAUUCUUGACUAGGAGCUUGAAUAGGUUUAGAAAUUAAUUUGUUAGCUUUUAUCCCCCUAAUAAGAGAUAAUAAAUUAAUAUCUACUGAAGCAUCAUUAAAAUACUUUUUAACUCAAGCUUUAGCAUCUUCUGUAUUUUUAUUUGCAGUAAUUUUAUUUCUAUUAAAUUCAAAAAGAAUUAAUUCAAAUUAUUUAAUAGAAAUAAUUAUUUUUUCCUCUCUUUUGUUAAAAAGAGGAUCAGCUCCCUUUCAUUUUUGAUUCCCUAAUGUAAUAGAAGGAUUAUCAUGAGUUAAUGCUUUAAUUUUGAUAACUUGACAAAAAAUUGCUCCUUUAAUGUUAAUUUCUUAUAUUAUCUUUAAACCAUUAAUUAUCAUUAGAAUUAUUUUAUCAAGUUUAAUUGGUGCAUUAGGAGGUUUAAACCAAACUUCAUUGCGUAAAUUAAUAGCUUAUUCUUCAAUUAAUCAUUUAGGUUGAAUAUUAGCUGCUAUAUUUAACAGAAAUUUAUGAUUAAUUUAUUUUUUAUUUUACACUUUUUUGACUUUUUCUAUAGUAUUUAUAUUUAAUAUAUUUAAAAUUUCUUAUAUUAAUCAACUAUUUUCAUUAUUUUUUUUUGAUAAAAAUAUUAAAUUUUUUUUAUUUUUUAAUUUAUUAUCUUUAGGAGGACUUCCUCCUUUUUUAGGAUUUUUACCAAAAUUUUUAGUAAUUCAAUCUUUAACAUUAAAUAAUCAAUUAUUUAUUUUAACAUUUAUAGUAUUAAUAACUUUAAUUACUUUAUAUUUUUAUAUACGAUUAUGUUAUAGUGCAUUUAUAUUAAAUUAUAAUGAAAAUAAUUGAGUUUUAAGUUAA